UGAAUGUAAUGGUAAUUUUGUGGAUUCACGUACAAAUGAGCUAUAUUAUCUAAAAGAUCAAAAUUCAGCCAAUAAUUCUUCUAGUGAAUUAACCAUGAAUUGUGGUAUAAAUAUGAUUUAA